GUAAAGUACAUAUCUGUUCGCACCAACGUAUCAACUUCUCGAGUUCAAAAUUCAUUUUUCUACUACCAGUUUUUAAAACCUCCUCGACCAGUGAAAAAGAACUUUACUAAAGUGAUAGAAUGAAUUCGUACAGAUAUUUCUCCUAUUACAUCACACUGUGGUGUUGCUACUACACAGCAAAAGUGCAUUCGUGGAAACAAAAACCUUUAAUUUUCAAUUAUGGAACCGAAAAACUUAUGGAAGUCAAUGACAACGAUGAUUCUGCGAAAUGUACCUCCUGCUUAACCGCUUGUCCUGAUUCUUCGAGAUUAGUGAAAGAAGUUUCAAUAAGCGGAUAUGGGCUGAUUCUACAACAAGUCUAUGAUGCAGAAAAUCCAAAGAAAAUAACAAAGAUUUGUAACAAUUUACCAACUCCGUCAAUAAUUUAUGAUACAAUGGACGAAGAUUAUGAGAUUGGUUAUGAGUUGUUUUAUAAAGAAGGAGAUGUCACAUUAAGUUUCCAGAUUUAUGAAGAACUGAAUAAGGUUAUAAAUGGAGAACCAAAUACAGAGAAAAGAGCACUUGUUAAUAACGAUUACAUAAGCACAUAUUACGAACAGGAACCGCCAAAUUCAAAAUUCAAAGUUCAAGGCGAACAAACUGAAAUAAUGGUAUUCUAUUGGAUACCCGUAAUGACAGUUGAACUGAAUCCUUCCACACACUCGAGGAAAAUUUUCUUCUCAACAGACAUUAUCAAUGAUUAUUUCCAUAAGGAACAAGUAGCAUCCCAGUGUGACAAUUACUAUUUAAGCGUUGGCUCUCAGAUUUCGACAUUGAAACGCCAAAGUAUCUUCGAUUGGAUUUUUUCCAAACAACCAGUAGAUGAAAAUCGUUUGGAAAAAACACAAAUAUUACCAAUGCACAUGUUGCACACAUUGCCAGGCAGGCUUGCCACUUGCAUGUAUGUAAACGUGGCAUUUAUUUGGAGCAGUAUUGCGAAUGGUCAAUUGCAGAAAGUCGAUUUGUUGCUGUAUGCUUUAUAUAAACUGUGGCCCUCCAACAUCAAGAUAGCUUUCGGUGUGGCAAAUGAAUACAAAUCAGAGGGAAUCGAUCCCAAGUUACUAAAACGAGAUAAGGAAAAUAAAAUAUUUCUCAAGUAUCCCGUUCCCAAAAUAAUGUAUCGAAUGGUUGAGUGGGUCCACGAAACAGGAUUUAUUCAUACGAUCGUCAUUGUAAUUCAUAACAAUCUAAAACCUGUACAACCAGAGGAUCGAAUUUGUUCAGCUACAGACGAAGUACUAGGUUGGGACGAAGUAAAGAACAUUACUGAUACCGGCACAACUACUGGAACAAGUUACACAUGCCCCAUGUCAAAAGAAGUAAUAGAUCAACUCGGAUUCAAGGAGGAAUAUGUUAGAUCACCUUUCAGUUUGAUCCACUUUCCUAAAGUUAACGAAUCAGAUGAAGAUAGAUCUUACAUUAAUGUACAGGAUGAAGUGCUUGAUGAAUUUAAUCGUCUUAGAAAUUUGAAGAAAUAGGUUAAAAAUUAAGACCAUUGUUGAGUUUAGUUGCCACAAAAUUCAAUUUUAGAUUUAAGCUAGUUUUAAGUUGAUUUCUUUUCUGUACCAAACUGUAAAUUUUUCCAAUCACUGUCCUUAAUUUUUCAGAUUCAGGGAGUUUCAACACAACCCAUCACUUUUAUAAAAUAUUUCUCAC